AUGGAGGUGGAGAUGGAGGAGGAGGAAGAGGAGGAGGAGAUGGAGGAGGAGGAGGAGGAGGUGAUGGAGGAGGAGGAGGAGGAGGAGGUGAUGGAGGAGGAGGAGAUGGAGGAGGAGGAAGAGGAGGAGGAGGAGGAGGAGGUGAUGGAGGAGGAGAUGCAGGAGGAGGAGGAGAUGGAGGAGGUGAUGAAGGAGGAGGAGAAGGUGAUGGAGGAGGAGGAGGAGGUGAUGGAGGAGGAGGAGAUGGAGGAGGAGGAAGAGGAGGAGGAGGAGGAGGAGGUGAUGGAGGAGGAGGAGAUGGAGGAGGAGGAGGAGAUGGAGGAGGAGGAGGUGAUGGAGGAGGAGGAGGUGAUGGAGGAGGAGGAGAUGGAGGAGGAGGAGGAGGUGAUGGAGGAGGAGGAGGAGAUGGAGGAGGAGGAGACAGCGGCGGCCAUCUUGAUCUGCAGCCACACAAAGGCCCCUCCCUCUCCUCAUCUCGAUCUGCUUUGUUCGGCGUGUCAGUCUUUGUCGCCUCUGUCCUCCUCCGACUCAAAUGACUGUGUUCUCUCAUCACUCUCUAAAACUUCUGCUUUUGGUCCAUCCCCGGCCUCUGCGUCUGACUAA